UAAAGCAAAGAACUUUAUUCAUUAGUAGCUCAAUAUUCUUAGAUUUUCGGUUUAAAAAGAUGACUGUGACACUGUCAAAUAGCAACAACCAGGAUGAUUCAUUGCUUAAACCACUUCCGUUCUAUGUGGGCUCACUACUCUACACAUGCGCAGUGUUCUUUUUUCUCAUCGGUUCGUCCUCCCACCUCUGGGUGGUCAUGACCAGCCAACCAGUGGACAUGUCACGUGACACCAAAGCCCAUCUGGUGGCGCAUUAUGGGCCCUGGGUGGCCUGCACGCAUAGCGGAACCUGUGGCAGUUCAUUACUUUUAGAAGGAGUUGAUCAAAAGACUGUACGGCUGACUCAAUGUCUGAUUGUUGCGGCUUCUAUCUUGUAUAUCUUCGGGUUUUUGAUCAUGUCACUACAACUGGCGCGUCCCACACAAUGUGAGAAACUAUGGCAGAAAAUGGAACAGCUAAUCAUUGUGGAGUUUGUAUUUCCAGUAGCAGCAAUCACAGGAAGUGUAAUGAUGUUAGCCAUGGCAUCAGUCAACAGAAGUGUCCUAGUCCCACGUGACCAGGUUAUGCAGACAGGCUCAGCUUUUUACAAAACACUUUUUGCCAUACUGUUAACUGUUGUUGGAGCGCUGUUUACUGUGCUGAACCGGUACAGCAUUGGCACCUCCAGUGCUGCGAAAUAUAUUUACAGACUGCGGAGAUUCAGGUUCUUCUCGGGGGUAACCAAAGAUACACAGACUGCUACAAGUUUACAAGAUGUUGUUAUUAGGGAGUCUGAGCUUGACGGCGGUGACAAGCGAAUUGUAAGAAAAUCAGAACUUUGAUAUUUAUAUGAAUUAUAAUAAAUUGAAAGUUAAAUGUUACAGUUUUGUUCAGCUGGAAUGUUAUAGUUUAGUUUAAUUUAAAUGUUAUAGUUUAGUUUAAUUUGAAUGUUAUAGUUUAGAUAUUAUGUGAUAACUCAAAACUUAUAAAGUGCCAGGAUGCCAAAAUAAACCUUUUGAUUUGAAGACAGUUUCACAGGUUGUUUGCUUUUUCAGUCAAAAACCCACCCACAUGCAUAUAUACAUGUCAUGUACUGUAUUGGAGGGGGGACUUGACAAACUUGUUGCUAUGGUUACACAAAUGUUUAUAUCAGUGCACACAUUUUUAGAUGUAGGAUAAAUAGCAGUAGUAACUUGGCCAUGUAUAUGUUAUGAAGUGUGUGUGUUUCUAUGGUGAUGGUGGGAAGAAGUCAUCUAUUCAGUGUGAAUGAUGACUCCAGAUUGCCAGAGUGAGAAGACAUAUUUUUGUAGUGAGUUGUAGAGUUUGUUCAAAAUACCGUUUUCUAUUACGACCAAAGUCUACUACAUUUAUUUCAUUUCAUCUCAGGUUGCAUUUGUUUAUAUUGUAAUAAAAGUAAUAUAUAAUAUUGUUAUUCAAGUUAUUUCAAGCUUUAUAAGUUAAGACAGCGGUUUAAUUGUCCAUCAGGAGUUUGGUGUUCGUCAGCAACAGUGUAAUAACAAACUACGUGGAAAACGACGUGGUCUAUUAGGAAGUCAAUGCCAGCUCAGCAACCAACUGCCUUUACUUUUUUUAUCCAACAAAAUAUCUUUUACAUCUGAGAGGGUGGGGAAACACAUACCACUCGUACCACCUAUGUAAACAGAAGAAACUUUUUCACAUAUGUUGUACAUAUACAUUUCCUUAUCUUCUUCUUCGUUCUCAUUGUUAUGUUGAAGCGUUCAGAUGACUAGACCAAUACAUGAGAUGAACUGCGCAGUGGUUUCCAAAUCAGGGAGCUCUCCAUAUCUCCUUCGAGGCGGAGAGCCCGGCCCCCUACCUGCGCGGCGGGAUUCCACAGGCAGGACGCCACAUCUAUUAGAAUCGUUAGGCUACUGAGCUCCAACAUAGAUGAGGUUGCGUGUCAAUGUGUUAAGCGCCAGGAGUCCCAUUGACUUCAGCCUGCUUUUCUUUUCGGGUGUGCUCCGAUAGCCUUUGAUCAUCCAAAAUAAUCUAAGGGUCCUUCCCCUAUCCGCCACCUGGUGGUAGCUCCCCCAAGCUUCUUAUAAGUUACAUGUAAAAUAUGAGUGAGUCUGGUGUGAAUGUAUAUUUUGGUUUUCUAUAGUCAUAAUGUUUUGUGUAAUGCACAAAUUGUAAGACAAAUUUCCUUAU